CGAAGAUAAUAAAAGAGAGAGAAGGAAAGAGAUAAUAAUAAUAAUACAAACAUGGCGUCCAAUGAAGGAUUGAGCAGUAGAGAACAAAGAUGGUCUUUGAAGGGCAUGACAGCUUUGGUCACUGGAGGAACCCGAGGAAUAGGGUAUGCCAUAGUGGAGGAACUAGCAGGAUUUGGUGCAAUAGUUCAUACAUGUUCCAGGAACCAAACAGAGCUUAAUCAAAGGAUUCAAGAAUGGGAAAACAAAGGAUUUAAGGUGACCGGUUCCACAUGUGACUUGUUUGAGAUAGGACAAAGAGAAGAACUCAUCAAGACUGUUUCAUUCCUCUUCCAUGGAAAACUCAACAUCCUUGUAAAUAAUGCUGCAACAACAAUGCUUAAAUGGGCAACAGAAGUGACAAUGGAGGAUUGGUCCCAUAUAAUUGGAACAAACCUAGAAUCCCCAUAUCAUUUGACUCAACUUGCUCAACCACUCCUCAAAGCAUCUGGCCGAGGAAGUGUUGUCUUUGUCUCUUCUGUCGCGGGUCUUAGGGCUCUUCCUGCUCUUUCUCCCUAUGCCUCGGCUAAAGCUGCCAUUAACCAACUUACUAAGAACUUGGCAUGUGAAUGGGCAAAGGACAACAUUCGGGUAAAUGCUGUCGCGCCUUGGGGAGUCAAAACCACCAUUACCAAACAGGAAGAAGUUGAUCCAUCGAUUAGUGCUUUGUUUGGAAAACUGAUCAUGCAAACUCCUCUACCUCGAAUAGCCGAGCCAGAAGAAAUUUCAUCAAUAAUAGGAUUCCUUUGCCUUCCUGCUGCUUCUUACCUUACUGGACAAGUCAUUUGUGUUGAUGGAGGAUACACUGCUGGUGCAUUCUAAGUUUUUAUUGGAAAGGCAAUUGGCCUUAAUUUGGAUAGAAGAUCAUCAAUGGCUAAUUCCCUCCUUGCAUACAUCUUAUAUAGUGAUGUAUAAUUGCAAUUUAAUAAAGUGUUUAAUCUUUGUAUUAUGAGACAAAAGUGUCUAUUGGCUGCAAAUACUUCUUAGUACCUUAUUAUAUGAUUGAGUUGUUUCAAAUUUAAUCUGAAAAAAUGAUAUUGGAA